ACAAAAAAGAAAUUAAAUAGCUUUUAAGGAGGUGAAGAACCCCCAGCGCGGUUGAAGACUUGAAGACUUCUGAGUUCUGACUGCAAUUUUUCGUUUGCGAAAAAUGGCAAGCAGAGGAAGAAAGAGUAGGAGUUUGGAGGCUUUUUCAGGUGCAUCUGAAGUGAGCAACUCCGAAGAUCUCUUGAUCGAGAUCCUAUUGCGUCUCCCAGGUAAGUCAAUUCUCAGGUUCAAAUCAGUUUCAAAACGAUGGUACUCCAUUAUCUCCACCCCAAGAUUCAUCCUCACUCACGCCAAAAGAAACCCAAACCCUCAGCUAGGGUUUAUGUUGCAUACUCGACUUAAAAUCCGAUCACCAGGUGGUAUCUUCUUUCCUCUGGCUGGCUACCAAUAUAGUCAACACCCAAAUUUCCUGGAAAUCCCAGAACUUCAAGUUCAUCAUGUCUGUAAAGGGUUGAUGUGUUUCUCUAAGCCUCAUGUGAAUGACCCUCAAAUCUCUUUUUAUUAUGUUUGCAAUCACUCAUCUGGGCAAAUGAAAUGGCUUCGGAUUCUUGGAAGUCCAUCCAGAGAAACAGUGAAGGCCUUUAAUGUGGCUUUUGAUCCUUUGCGGUCACGUCAUUACAGGCUCGUUUUUGUUAGUGAAUUGUCUGUGUUAGACGACUACCGUCUCAUCAAAAUUGAUAUCUACUCGUCUGAGACAAAGUCGUGGAGACCCUCCAGGAAGGGGAUCUACAUUUUGCGAUACGAUAUAGGCUUUCACAUUGCGGUUUACUUGAAGGAUGCAAUUUACUGGUACAAUCAGAAGAGUCCGUCUUUGGCGUAUUUUGAUUUCAAUGACGACAGCGUCGAGAGUUUGCCAAUGCCAGAGGUGACACAAACCAUGACUUAUUACUAUUUCGGAGAGUCGGGCGGGCAUUUGCAUCUUGUGGGAACUUGGAGACCCUGGAGUACUUUGUUCACUGUGUUCGAAAUGCAGGAAGAUAGGUCUGGUUGGUUUGUGAAGUACGAUGGUGAUUUUGAUGCUUUAGCUACUGCAUUUCCGAAGAUGGUGACCAACAAAACAAAUCGGCUUUGUGUGUUUUCUGUGGUGAGCCUGUCAAGUGGUGAAAAAGAAAGAGAGUUGAUUAUUGUGUUACUAAUCCCCCAGGGUGUGAUUUGGUAUAAUGUGGGCGAUAGGACCUGGAAGAAACUCUUCAAUAUUAUGUCUCUGAGUAAAAUUAAAUUGCAACAGAUGACAUUUGAAGCUCAUCAAUACAUCGAGACCCUUGCUUCAAUAGUAUGACAAUAUAGAACAGGGAUUUGUGCUGUCUGCUUUCUCCUUCUACAUACCCUUACCUUUAAGCAUGAUUUCUUGUCAUUUUUCUUGUCAUUUUUUAAACAAUCAAUCCUUUGGUUGUUGAAACAUUAGGAAUAGCAUUUCUUACUCCUUCCUAUACUAUGUCAGUUAACAAUGUGCAACAUUGGGAGAGAUAAAUACUAGGAACUUAUAUUUUGGGUACUUUAUCUA